GUAAAAAAAAAAAGUGGGAGCAGGUCUCUCUCUGAAAAUUGGAACCGACAAUUAUGAUUUCCAACAGAUUGCUGCGGUAUUCUUAUUUUUUACCGAAUCUUCAUCUUCUAGCGAAUAUAAACUUUCCAUCAUAUUUUUUUCUUACUUUCACGUGUAGAAGUUAAGAUAAUACUAAAGGUCAAUCUAAAAAUGAUGAAUGGAAUGCGAUUUCUUGGGUGAAAUGUGAAGAACAGUAACUACAAAUUCAAGUCAUGCAUCAAUCACUACAAGAUUGGAGGCAAGCUGUCCGAAUGCCAACAGCCUAUAGAGUUGGAAAUUCCACUCUCAGAUUUCAAACUCAAUUUGUGGUUGGUGUUGCAAUAAUUGGUGUGUCUUUCCUAAUUCUUCUGUAUACUUUGUUGCCAUAUACAAAACAUCAACAGUUAGUCAGUGAUAUACAUCGCCAUGAUGAACAUGGUCAUCAACAUAUAGUUGAUGUUAAAAAACGACAGUGGUUGUACAAUUCAACAUACCCAUUAACUCCUCCUGCCACUACACCCAAAGGACUUCGCUAUAGAAUUGCUGUGAUAUCAGACUUGGACACUGAUUCAAAAGAUAAAGAAAAUAACUUUACAUGGUUCAGUUAUUUAAAAAAAGGAUAUUUUACGAUUGAUAUAACUAGAAAAUAUGUUAAUAUAGAAUGGGAUAAAGACAUUAUUAAACUAAAGUCUACAUUAUCUCAAGCUGGACGAGGAAUGGAACUGUCAGAAUUGGUUGUUUUCAAUGGAAAAUUAUUAUCAUUUGAUGAUCGUACCGGAGUUAUAUAUGAAAUUUCUGAAAAUAAAGCAAUACCCUGGAUUUUACUCACUGAUGGAAAUGGAAGAACUACCAAAGGUUUCAAAAGUGAAUGGGCUACUGUGAAAAAUCAAGAACUUUAUGUUGGAGGAUUGGGUAAAGAAUGGACCUCUUCCACAGGAAAGUUUUUGAAUAACAAUCCACAAUGGGUAAAAGUAGUGAGUCCACUUGGUCAAGUUGAACACAAAGAUUGGCGCCAAAAUUACCUUUCACUUAGAAAAACAGCACACAUAGAGUUUCCUGGUUAUAUGAUUCAUGAAGCAGUAGUAUGGAGCGAAGUUCACAAAGAGUGGUUUUUUCUUCCUCGACGUGCCAGUGCCCAAGCCUACAAUGACAAGGAAGAUGAAAAGAAGGGGACUAACAUGUUAUUACGCUCAAAUGAAGAUUUUACACAGAUAACUCUUACCAAUAUUGGACCCCUGGUACCAACACAUGGAUUUUCAACUUUUAAAUUUGUGCCAGAUACUUUAGAUUCAGUUGUGAUUGCUCUGAAGUCAGAAGAGAAUGAAGGACAUAUAGCAACAUUUGUAACAAUAUUUACUAUCACAGGUGACAUUUGGAUGCCAGAAACAGAAAUCGGUUCUUAUAAAUUUGAAGGAAUUGAAUUUAUCUAAAUUUAUUUAUGGAAUUAUGAUAGCAUAUGCACAUUGUCAGAGGAAUAUGUAAAUAUGUUAAAAUUAAUUUAUAUCUGU